AUGCCAGCUCUACGCAAUGUGACCUCAAAUGCGACUAGUACAACCACAUACAUUUCAACAACUCAUACUGUCAUGGAUACAGUUUGGUCGUUCUUGUUCAGUGGAUUGUUUCUCACAUUCUGUUGCUGUCCAUACAUCACUUCAACCGUCAUUGCAAUUGUUACAUUGAUUAUUGUUAAAAAGAAGAAGAAGUCAAAAGGAACAGACAAUUCAAAUUCAGCCACUUCAUAG